ACACACCUGCUCAUCAUCUCUCUCUCUCUCUCUCUUUAACAUUCCAUUAAUUUAUUAUCUUCUUCUUCUUCUUCAACCUUCCAAAGUCUCUCUCUCUUUCUUGGAACAAUGGAUAGUCCGACGAGCAUACGUAGUAUACAACCACCGGAGAUUCUUUCUCCUUGUGGUAGCCAACGUCGUAGAAGCAGCUGCGACUCUAACCCACCUGAGUUCGAGUUCUGGCGUCUUACCAACUCUUCGUUUCCUCAACCCGACGACUCAGAUCUCCUAUCCGCCGACGAGCUUUUCCACGACGGCGUUCUUUUACCUCUUCAUCUUCUCUCUGUUAAAUCGGAGCUUCAAUCCGACCCGAAUAUCUCGGAAUGCGACCCGGAUCCGUCUCCUUCUCCUUCUCCUUCCCCUGCUGCUUUGGUUAAUACAGAGGAAAAACCGGAACUUGAACCCGGUUUAGGAUCUGAGCUGACCCGAGAGACGACGGUUUCGAAGCGGUGGAGAGAUAUUUUCAGGAAGACCGAAACCAAACCGCCUGGGAAGAAAGAGAAGGUGAAGGAGAGUAAGAAGGAGAAGAAGAAAACCGGGUCGGGUCCUGGUUCGGGUUCGGGUUCUGGAGCGGAGCUGAACAUCAACAUUUGGCCGUUCUCAAGAAGUAGAUCCGCUGGGAACAACGUGACCCGACCCAGAAUGUCGUUCGGAGCUCCGACGACCCGGAAAGUCAGCAGCGCGCCGUGUUCACGUAGCAACUCCACCGGAGAAUCCAAGUCGAGGAAGUGGCCGAGUAGUCCUGGUCGUAACGGCGUGCAUCUUGGUCGGAGCAGUCCGGUUUGGCAAGUCAGGCGUGGAGGAGGAGGAGCUCCGGUUGGGAAAACGGUACCCGAACCGACGAUGGGUCGGAUAGUUGGUAAAAGGGAAAUUCCCGAGACGCGUAGGGGUAAAACGGUAAUUGAGAGCAAUAAAGCAAAAGUCUUGAACUUGAACGUGCCUAUGUGCAUUGGUUAUCGGAGCCGGUUAAGCUGCAGAAUCGACGAGAGUGGUAAUAGUAACAUCAUUGGGAGUGACAACAGUAAUAACAACAACGUCAAUGCUAGUAAUCCUAAUCCUAAUCCUAAUGGUUUAUUUGGCUUUCGUAAUCUCUUUGUCAAGAAAGUUUAUUGACUUUAUUUUUUGUUUAUUGUAUAAUAUACUAGUAAUCUUGUAAAAGUGUUUCAUUUUUUAUCGAAAGAGACCCUCUUAAUAUAUAGUCUCGAGGGUCCAUUUUUAUUGUUCUUAAUUCCAUGUUGUUACUUUUUGCUGUUUAGUACGAUGUGUGUGUGGGAUUCAGGUAGAUUAUCGUAUUUGAUUAUAAAUAUAUCAUGUAAAUUAAGAUCUCGAUGGCUUUUUAAUAGGAAUAUUAUUUUGUUCUUUGUGUU